AUGGAGAAUCUAGUCUCGUUAAAUGACAAGAAGCUGGAACUUGGUGCGUUGGACCUUCUUGAUGGUAAGAAACCUUCUUCAAUGCUCCACUGGUUCAAACACAAUAUUCUAUGCAGCUCACGGCCCAAAAGGCCUGUGAUAGCCUCCUUCCAUCCAUACCCGUUUCUCCUCCACCUCACAAACACCUUCUCUUCCUGCCAUUCCGGCGACCCCUUCAUCCACCUCCGGUCCUUUCAGAGGACCCAUGCUCUCCUCCUCGCCUCCGGCCGGAAACCAGACCUGGCCUUCGCCUCCAAACUCAUCCACUGGUACUGCAGAGCGGGGAAGACCAAUGUUGCAAGAAAACUGUUUGAUGAAAUGCCUGAGAAGAAUGUUGUUUCCUUCUCGACGAUGAUUUAUGGGUAUGCAAGCAACGGAUUCUUUGCUGAGUCUCUUCAACUAUUUUCUCACAUGCAGGAGUUGGGCAUUUGUGCAAAUUCUUUCACAAUCGUUGGAGUGCUGGUUAGCUCGGCAGGCUUGGGGGUUUCAAAAAUUGGAGAGUUUGUUCAUGGAAGGAUAGUUAAAAGUGGUUUAGAAGCCAAUCCUUUUGUAAGGACAGCUUUGUUAGAUUGCUAUGCUAAAUGUAGAAGUCCAAUGAAGUCCUACAUUUUGCUUCAGGAAAUGGUCGAGCCGAGUAUAGUUUCCUGCAAUGCGAUGAUUGCUGGACUUGUGCAUAAUGAUCUGUAUGAAGAAGCGCUAUUGCUCUUUAAACAACUCUGGCAAUUUGGUUUGGUACCCAAUUCUCUGACCAUGGUGAGUGUUAUUCAGAGUUGUAUUGGUUACGGCUCGUUUCGACUAUGUGAGAGCAUGCAUGGUUAUGUUGUUAAGGUUGGCAUGGAUUUAGAUGUUGCAGUGAUGAAUUCAGUGUUUGAUAUGUAUUUGAGUUUUGGAAACUUAGAGGUUGCUAAAGCUUUCUUUGGAAAGAUGGCUGUCAUGGAUGUCAUUACUUGGACAAACAUGAUGAACUUUCUGUUGGAGGUUGAAUGUGCAACUGAAGCUCUAAAUCUGUUUAUUCAAAUGAGAGUUGAGGGCGUUGAUCCUGACAUGGUCGCCAUGCUUAAUGUGAUCACAGCAUGUGCACGUUUGGGAGAUUUAAAUAGGGGAAGGUCAGUUCAUAACCAAAUUGUUAUCCGUGGAUAUGGGCUGGAGCUCCCUGUCAAGAAUUCUCUGAUCACAAUGUAUUCCAAGUGUGGGGAUAUGGAGUCUGCUAGGAUGUUAUUUGAUCGUAUAGAGAACAAGAGCUUGGUAUCAUGGACUGCAAUCAUCUCGGGUUAUGUCCAGAAUGGGCAACCAAUCGAAGGGCUGCAAUUUCUCAGCAAAAUGAGAAAAGAGGAUAAUUUAAAGCUCGAUUCAGUAACAAUAGUCCAUUUGCUGAUGGCUUGCAGUGAGCUAUCUAGUUUCGAGCUAUCUAAGCAGUUCCAUUCAUACAGUUUAAAAUCGGGCUUGUUUCAAUGCCAGCCAGUUCAGAAUAGUUUGGUGGCAGUAUAUGGAAAAUGUGGUUAUGUAGAACUAGGGCGCAGAGUAUUUGAUGAGAUGUUUUCUCGGGAUACGGUCUCGUGGAAUGCAAUGAUAUCAUCCUGUGGGAUUAAUGGCAAUGGAGAAGCAGCACUUGUUCUCUUUCAUGACAUGGAGAAGAGCAGUGAAGUGCCGGAUAGUGUUACGUAUCUAAAUGUGUUGACUGCCUGUAGCCACUCCGGUUUGGUGGAUGAUGGCUUGAUCAUUUUUGCAAGGAUGGUCAGGGAGAAGAAAAUUGAUCCAAGAGGAGAGCAUUGUGGUUGUGUGGUGGACAUGCUUGCACGUGCCGGUCGCUUGGCAGAUGCGAAGAACUUAGUGAGCUUAAUGUCAGAGGAAGUUAGUCCAAAUGUUUGGAAGGCUUUGCUGGGAGGGUCUCAUCUCCAUAAUGAUGUCAAGCUUGUAGAAACUGCUGCAGAGAAGGUGUUUCAGAUGGCUUCAAAGGAUUCUGGGCAUGUAGUGCUUCUUUCUAAUGCUUAUGCAUCAGUUGGGAAUUUUGGGGAAGUUGAAACUUUGAGAUCAAAUCUUGGAAAGAUGGGAUUAACGAAAAACACUGGGUUCAGCUUGGUUGAUUCUAUGCCAAGUGAUACGGGUUUGCCAUCGAACAUGGCGGAAGUAGAAGUUGCGAGCCUUGCAAGUGGAGGAAAGCGAGAAAGAAGAGGGGAGACCUAUUACUCUUUUAAGGGUGAAACACCAAAAACAACUAUCCAGGAAUCAUGCCACACCAUUGUUCGUAUUGUUGCUGCAUCUAUCAUUGCUAUCAUUGUUCGAGCCAUCACCUUUUAUCAUUUUAGUAUUCUUGUUGAUGUUAUUGCUGCCACAAUUAUUGCCUUUUUAUAG